UUACCCUAAGGUGCAAGAUACGUUUAUCUACUUUGGUGACUCCUUAACUGGGAAGAAGCAGGCAGGCGAUGGAGGAGACGUACCUUCUCAAUCUCCCAGGAGUCAAGAAGAAGAUCCUGGCUGGAGGCACAGGACCCUUGCCACACUUCCCACCUGGCACAAAGCUGGUGUUCCACUUCCAGACACUGCUGGACAACUUUGAGCGGACGGUGAUUGAUGACAGUCGUCUGGCUAAGAGGCCAGCUGAGAUUUUUGUUGGAAAGAUGUUUAAGAUGGAGGUGUGGGAGACCCUGCUGACAUCCAUGAGGGUUGGAGAGGUGGCUGAGUUCUGGUGCGACGCCGUUCACACAGGGUUGUACCCCAUCGUGUCCAAGGGGAUGAGGCUGAUUGCUCAAGGGAAGGACCCCCUGGAGGGCCAGAAGCACAUGUGUGGCAUGGGAAACCUUUUCCACUACAACUCCACCGGCUACCCUGAGCUGGAUGAGCUGAUGAGAACGCCUCAGCCGCUUAUAUUCAUCAUGGAGUUGUUACAGCGAGAGUCGUGGAUGAUGGAGAAGGAUGAGAAGAUGCAGACUGUGCCGAUACUCCACAUGCAGGGCAACGCUUUGGUCAAACAGAGACAAUUCAGGGAGGCUGCCAGCAAGUACAAAGAGGCUGUCCUGCUGCUGAAAACCGUCCAGUCCAGAGAGAUGCCGGGUGAUAUAGACUACAUCAACCUGGGUCGUAUGAUCAUCCCCCUGGAGCUGAACUACUGUCAGUGUAUGUUGGAGCUGGAAGAGUAUUAUGAAGUUAUAGAGCACACCACCGAGCUGCUGGAGAAACACAAAGACUGUGUGAAGGGCUACUAUAAGCGGGCCAAGGCCCAUGCUGCUGUUUGGAAUGAAAAGGAGGCCCGGAAAGAUUUCAAUAUGGUGGCCAACCUGGACAUCACCCUGGCCUGUCUUGUCCGCAGAGAGCUGAAUGCCUUGUCGGAGCGCAUGAAAGAGAAAUACUGGGAGGAGAAAGAGAAGUACUGGAACAUGCUGGAAAAAAAGGAGGAGAUGGUCAAGGAAGAUGACAAUGAGGAAGAGGAAAGGAAGGACAUGGAGAUAAAAGAGGGAAAAACUGAAAGCGUGACCAUAGUAACAAAAGAUGAGGCGAAAGAAGAAAAGGGUGAAGAAUCUCAGCGGUGUAAAGAUGUCCACAAAGAGGAGGAGGAGGAGGAGGAGGCAGCUCAGGUUACAGUGACUGAGAAAAUGGGAAAAAAAGAGGAGGCAAGCUGUUCUGAGAUACAGCCCGAGACUAAUCCAAACGCCUCCUCUACAACCGAGGGGAAGGACUGGCAGCAGAUGUUACGACUGGUCAUGUUCCUUCAGGACGAGGGAAACUUUCUCAUUAAAGAAAACCGCUAUGAAGAGGCCUCCGUAAAGUUCAAGGAGGCCAUAGAAUAUGUGGACUUCCUUCAAUAUAAGCAGGUGGACCGAAAGAGCGAGGACUGGGAGUCCCUGGAGAAAGUGCGUCUCCCGCUGACUCUCAACCUCAGCCAGUGCAUGCUGGAAGAUCAACGAUACGAACAAGUGGUGGAGCUCAACAACAAGCUGCUUAAAAAGCAUGAAGGUAACUUUAAGGCAGUGUAUCAGCGGGCACGAGCACACUCGGCCUUGUGCAACGAGGAUGAAGCUAGGAGGGACUUCGCCAAGGUGGUGCAAUUGGACCCAAAAUUGAAGCCUGUUGUCCGCCAGGAGCUCAAGAGACUGGGUGAGAAUAUCCGCAGCAUGCAUGUCUGCCAGAAGAAAACGUACUGGGACACAACGCAAGAUAAGGGGGAACCGGAUGGAAGCAAAGCCACGGCUGCAGCUGCGAAAGGAGGGAUGAAGGUGGAUAAAUUUCUACAGAAAACUGGUGUGACAGAGGGAAAAGCUGGGAUAAGGUUGAAGAGUGAAGACAGUAGGGGUGAGGAGCAGGGAAGUGCUCAAACAGGUGGAGUGGAUGAUGCAGAAGCAGAGCAAAAGAAUCUAGAUGUGAAAGUAGAAAAGGAUAAGAGAGAGAUAGAAUGUAUGACAGCAAACGGACGGAGGGUAGAUAGUGAAAAGCGAGAGAGUGCUGUGGUCCAAGGGGACAGGCAGACAGCACCAGAUAAUCGAGUAGAAGAUGAAGAUAGCGAUCCCACCCCCACCAACAUAGCCAAAGAUAAUGUAGUGAGCAAGAGAUCACGGUCUGAUAAGGGCAGAAAGAAGGUCAAAUGCCAAUCAACUGCUACACAUGGCCAGGGGAGCGAAAGCCAAGGGAACAAAGCCGCCAGUAGCAGCACAGGAAAUGGUGGCACUCAAUCAGAAUCGACCAGUGGUUGCAAAUUGUCGGCUGCUAAGCCAAAAGCCACGGGGGAAGCCGAGGACGGGCAGAGGUUAGACCGACGGGCAGAUAGACCGAAGACUGAGGAGGGAGGAAAAAGCAAAGUGGAUGCAGGAGGUGAAACGGAGGCAAAGACUGGUGAUAAACAUCCACCUGAGGUGGCUGGUGGAGCCAUGCCUCAGGUCUCAACAGGAAAUAUCGAUUCUGCCACCAAGAAGUCCAAACACAAACACAAGAAGAAAAAUUAAUAUCAACAGCACAUAUUUGGCAACAUACUGUUUCAUGUUUUAUUAUUCAAUUCUCAAAGGGAUAGCUGGAGGCACAGAAAAGCACAGGCAGACGAUGGGUAUGCCAAAUACAAAGUUUUUAUUUCUGUACACAAAGAGUAGAAAGCAGCCAGUAACCCACUUGAUAUUAAAAAGCCUUUCUUCAGAAAACAUUUUAUAGAGAUUAAAAACUCCAGAGAAAAGACAGCAAGAAGUGUUUGAGUGCUGUACGUGGAAAAAUAAAUUAAAACAAAACUCAAACCAAUAAAACAUAAAUAAACAUAUUUAUGAUUAAUGAGGUAUGUUAACACUGAUUACAGAAAGAAACCUCAGUUCCACGGUAAAGUAUGAUAAGUGGAUUGUUGAGUGAGUGUGUUAUGUGUGUUAAGAUAGUGUUAGCGAAACCUUGUUUGAGGUUAGGUGAUUCAUUGCCCUGUCAUGUGAGACGACAACAUACAAGGGGGCUCGUCCUCGUUGCAAACAUGGGAGGUCUGAUGCAAACACGGGAAUAAUGAGGGGAGUCAUUAGUGUGUUGACCCACUACAUGCAGUAAACAAGUCUGAAGAGCGAUGGAGAUCCCUGUAGCAAAGUCCUCUGCGGUGACUGCUGUCUCUGUGGAGAGCCUUUCUCUUCAGUCACACAGCUUCAGUCACACUACAGGGAGCUGAGCUUUUCAUAUUUAUGUGAGUGUGUGUGUGUGUGUAACAGGAAAAGAGGGUGGGAUAGAGGGCUCCUGCAGAAAUUUCUUGGUGGAACAUCAGAUGCCUUCAUCACACAACCAGCGAGGGAUGUGGGACGAACAGAGCUGCUGUUUGACUCUGAGAAAUAUCCUUUUGGUUGGACGUUCAUGGAAGGGUGCAACAUCAGAGACUGGCUUGUGUCGCAAAAGCAAAUACGUGAAUAAUGUGGGACAAGCGGUGUACGGAAACAAGGCUCUGCUAUACAGCCACCUGGUAUAUUUAUUUUCCUCUGCCUCUGCUCUCAUCUACCCUAUAUUGUAGAAAAGCAAACAAGGCGUAUGUUGACAUGCAACCCUAUGGGGAAUGCGUGCUCAUAUUUUCCACCAGCUGUCAUCCUUACAUCAUUUUGGGCAUCUGCAAAGCACCAACAGAUUAAGUAUGGAGAUACAAGUGUGAAGGCGGAGAUGAUCAUCAAUGUGUAAUGAGAUAUAUGAAUACCAAUAAAG